GAUCCACACGUCUAGCCGAGACACCAAUCACAUCUCCACUCUCGUCGACCUCUCCGUCAACAUGUACCGAACCACUCCACUCCUUCGUCAAAUCUCUUCCGCCAGCCGGACAGCAUCUGCCUCCAUCGCCCGCAACCAGACCUCAUUGCAACAGGUCCGAUGCGCACAUGCUAUUUCCAACCCGACCCUCGCAAACAUUGAGAAGAGAUGGGAGGCCAUGCCGCCGCAGGAGCAGGCUGAUCUGUGGAUGGCCCUGCGCGACCGCAUGAAGGCCAACUGGAACGAACUUACCGUACAGGAGAAGAAGGCCGCAUACUACAUUGCUUUCGGCGCCCACGGUCCUCGUGCUCAGACUCCUCCUGGUGAGAACACCAAGGUCUUCAUCUACACCAUGAUCGGUGUUGCCGCGGCCGGUGGAAUCUUCUUCGGCACUCGCAGCUUCGCUCGCGGCGAGCCACGAACCAUGACCAAGGAGUGGCAAGAGGCCACCAACGAAUACUUCAAAGAAAACAACAUCGAGAACAUCACCGGCGUCAGCUCCGAGGGAUACGUUGGUGUCGGCCAAGUACAGUCAAAGCCGGCGAAGGAAUAAGCUCGCGGUCGAUUCAGCAGCAUGGGGAGAUGAUCCCACGAUGACCCAG